UGUAGUCCCUUUGGGCGGCCCGGGGCGGUGGCCGCGAGUCCUGCGGACCGGUGGCCGAUCGGCGCCGACCCUACAUGGCUGGGCCGAGCGGCACUGGAGGCCCGAUUGGGGCCGGGGCCCUGACAGGCGGCGCGCGGUCCAAGGUCGCCCCAAGCGUGGACUUUGACCACAGCUGUUCGGACAGCGUCGAGUACCUGACUCUCAAUUUUGGGCCCUUCGAGACAGUGCAUCGUUGGCGGCGCCUCCCUCCCUGCGACGAGUUCGUGGGGGCCCGGCGCAGCAAGCACACAGUGGUGGCCUAUAAAGAUGCCAUCUAUGUAUUCGGUGGAGACAAUGGGAAGACGAUGCUCAACGACCUCUUGCGGUUCGAUGUGAAGGACUGUUCCUGGUGCAGGGCUUUUACCACUGGGACCCCACCAGCCCCCCGCUACCAUCACUCGGCUGUCGUCUACGGGAGCAGCAUGUUUGUCUUUGGGGGCUACACUGGGGACAUUUAUUCCAAUUCCAACUUGAAGAAUAAAAAUGACCUCUUUGAAUACAAGUUUGCAACUGGCCAGUGGACAGAAUGGAAAAUUGAGGGACGGUUGCCAGUCGCCAGGUCAGCCCAUGGAGCCACAGUGUACAGUGACAAACUAUGGAUCUUUGCUGGCUAUGAUGGCAAUGCCAGGUUGAACGACAUGUGGACCAUUGGCCUUCAGGACCGGGAGCUUACAUGCUGGGAGGAGGUGGCCCAGAGUGGCGAGAUUCCGCCCUCCUGCUGCAACUUCCCUGUGGCUGUGUGUAGGGACAAGAUGUUCGUGUUCUCAGGGCAGAGUGGAGCCAAGAUAACCAACAACCUCUUCCAGUUUGAAUUCAAAGACAAGACGUGGACACGCAUCCCUACUGAGCAUCUGCUCCGCGGCUCGCCCCCACCUCCCCAGCGCCGCUAUGGACACACCAUGGUGGCCUUUGACCGCCACCUUUAUGUAUUUGGGGGAGCGGCUGACAACACAUUGCCCAACGAGCUGCAUUGCUAUGAUGUGGAUUUCCAGACCUGGGAGGUCGUCCAGCCCAGUUCGGACAGUGAGGUUGGUGGGGCUGAGGUACCAGAGCGAGCAUCUGCUUCUGAGGAGGCACCUUCCCUGGCCUCUGAGGAACGGGUUGGCUUCAAGAAAUCCCGAGAUGUGUUUGGCCUGGACUUUGGCACCACUACAGCCAAGCAGCCUGCUCCACCUGCCUCAGAGCUGCCCAGUGGGAGGCUCUUCCAUGCAGCUGCUGUGAUCUCAGAUGCCAUGUACAUCUUCGGGGGCACCGUGGACAACAACAUCCGCAGUGGGGAGAUGUACAGGUUCCAGUUUUCCUGUUACCCCAAGUGCACAUUGCAUGAAGAUUAUGGACGGCUGUGGGAGAGCCGCCAGUUCUGUGAUGUGGAGUUCGUGCUGGGUGAGAAGGAAGAGUGUGUGCAGGGCCACAUGGCCAUUGUCACAGCUCGAAGCCGCUGGCUCCGCAGGAAGAUCGUGCAGGUGCGGGAGCGGCUGACACAGAAACUGGAAGAGGAGGCGGUGCUGGCUCCCAGGGAGACCUCUGGUGCAGUUGUGAGUGGGACCCAGCUGCCCCUGCUGCGUGUGGCGAUCCCUGAGGCCGAAGCCCGGCCCUUUGAGGUGCUCAUGCAGUUUCUCUACACCGACAAGAUCAAAUACCCGAGGAAAGGCCACGUGGAGGACGUGCUACUCAUCAUGGAUGUGUACAAGCUGGCCCUGAGCUUUCAGCUGUGCCGCCUAGAGCAGUUGUGUCGGCAGUACAUCGAGGCCUCUGUGGACCUGCAGAAUGUGCUAGUUGUGUGUGAGAGCGCCGCCAGACUGCAGCUGGGCCAGCUCAAGGAGCACUGCCUGAACUUCGUGGUGAAGGAGUCCCACUUCAACCAGGUGAUCAUGAUGAAGGAGUUUGAGCGCCUCUCCUCCCCACUGAUUGUGGAGAUUGUGCGGCGGAAGCAGCAGCCGCCUCCCCGCACACCUUCAGACCAGCCUGUGGACAUUGGCACGUCCCUGAUCCAGGACAUGAAGGCAUACCUGGAGGGGGCAGGCGCGGAGUUCUGUGACAUCACACUGCUGCUGGAUGGGCACCCUCGGCCAGCGCACAAAGCCAUCCUGGCCGCCCGUUCCAGCUACUUUGAAGCCAUGUUCCGGUCCUUCAUGCCUGAGGAUGGGCAGGUGAACAUCUCCAUUGGGGAGAUGGUGCCCAGCAGGCAGGCCUUUGAAUCCAUGCUGCGCUACAUCUACUAUGGAGAGGUCAACAUGCCGCCUGAAGACUCGCUCUACCUGUUCUCGGCCCCCUACUACUAUGGCUUCUACAACAACCGGCUGCAGGCAUACUGCAAGCAGAACCUGGAGAUGAAUGUGACAGUGCAGAACGUGCUGCAGAUCCUGGAGGCAGCUGACAAGACGCAGGCUCUGGACAUGAAGCGGCACUGCCUGCACAUCAUUGUGCACCAGUUCACUAAGGUCUCCAAGCUGCCCACGUUACGUUCGCUGAGCCAGCAGCUACUACUUGAUAUCAUAGAUUCCCUGGCCUCCCACAUCUCUGACAAGCAGUGUGCAGAGCUGGGUGCUGACAUUUGAGGGCCCAUGUGGUGCCAGCUCCUAUGUGGACAAUAACCAUGCCUUCCCCUGCCCUGUCCACUGCAAAGACUAUGAUGGUCAGGUUCAGGCUUGUGGCAGCGCAGAGCCUCUGAAGGGAGUUGAGGGUUGUGGGAGGCUGCAAAUGUCCCACUCCACAGCUGAAGACAAGUCUCACAGAGCAGACGAUGGAACAAGGCUCCCUUCUCCCCCUUUCCCUCCCUAGCCUGGAAAGGGGGUAUGGGUAGGAAGCCAGGACUCACUGAUGGGGGACAGCAGGAAUAGGGGUUCUGACCAGGGCCAGCAGUGGGAGAGACAAGCUAAGGAGUUGAUUUUGAGCCUUAACCAAGCAGGGUCUUGGCUUGGGCUUACAGAUCUGGCUACUGGGUCCUGUCCAAGGCCACAUGUAACCCCUUUGUUCAGGUUGGUGUACAGGCCUCGCCUGCCUUUGAGAUCUUGUGCAUGGGCAAUAGUGUAGGCAAAUGGAGUCUGACUUGAGUUAGGCCUAGUUUCCAAAGGCACUGGGGAAUGCCACCAUGUGGAACCAUCAGGUCAGGGCCCAGGGUGGGCUAGGGAGAAGUCAGUGGAGAUGCUGCCAGCUCCUCCUGUCCUUCAUCUGUUCCUAAGCAUUCUGUCAUAGAAUGACUCCAUUAAAGCUACAGUUGUGUCACCUACUACACACUUGGCUAAUAUAGUCCCCAGUGGGGCUCUGGCCUUCAGCCCUUUGGCCCUCUUGCAGCCAAGGACAGGCCAGACCACCCACGGCUUGGGAUCAGAGAACCAACCUUGCCUGGUUUUCUCUCCAUGGUCUCAGGGUGGAGUGUUCCUGACUUGGGUGCUCAGUACAAUGGGUGGGGGAGGAGAAGCCCAGCAGCCUCUCCCAUCAGGCAAACCUUAUAAACUUGGGGUCUGCUCUCCUGGCUCCAUCUGGCUGCCUUGCUCUGUGCUGUACUCAGGCUGGGAAGCUUGAGUCCAGACCACUGCAUCCUUCACUACCACAUCGGAGCCCACUCCGAUGUGAAGGCACUGUUCUGCUUCCUUCUGGUUACAAGAACCCCAGGGGCCUUUCUACUCUGACUGCCAGGAAGCUACUCUGGGAAAAUGAUCUUUCUGGCCUUAGAGCUUGUUGCUCCCUUUUGGCUGUGCCCAUGCAAAUGCACCUGCCAUUUCAUGCCCCUGCUCAAGAGCCCUGGGUGCCACAUGCAAGUGGACCAGGUAUCCUGGGGACAGCUGAGCACCUUUAGGCAAAGGGGAGCCCAGCGUGAGGCUACCAAAAGCUAGGAAGUAACCUGGUGCAAGGUAAGCAUCUGCCAAGUUCUGUCCCCUAGCAGACCUUUUAGAUGUGACGUAAAUAAAAGUUACAUACCAUAGGCCCCCAAAACAAACGUCAAGAUGUGUGGCAGUUUCCAUGACUGAAAGAAUUUGUGCUUUUGGGACUGUCGUGAACAAGUCCAGCAGAAAGCUCACAUGUACAGUUAAAACCCCUCACAAUGAGAAUGCUGCAUGUGGCAGAUGCAGUGAGGCCUUCCAGAUUCCAGUGGAGUAAAAGAA